AUGCUCAGAGAAUUCCUGCCCCUGCUUUGCCUUGGGCUUGCCCUGGGCUUUGAAGACGAGAAAAAGAAUGAGACGCUUCCCAAACCCUCCCUCAGUGCCUUGUCCAGCUUAGUGGUUGGACACAGAGAUAACGUGACUCUGAGGUGCCAGUCUCACUUCCAGAACGUGACAUUCAUGCUGGGGAAGCUGGAGGACUCCGGGUACAGGCAGGAGCAGAGAUCCACAGGACACAAGGCUGAAUUCCUCCUCACUCACCUGGAACCGAAGGAUGCUGGGAUGUACCUUUGUGCCUACAAGACAAUGGUCUCCCAGGAGUGGUCAGGGGAGAGUGAAUACCUGCAGCUGAAGGUCAAAGCCAAUGGAUUAAUCUUUGCUGCCACCUUCAGCUGCCUUUCCAUUUUGAUCCUCUUCCUCUCUGUCUUCUUCAUCAACAGAUGUACCCAGCAUGGUUUGUCACAGGAAGAAUCCACCAAGAGAACCAGCCAUUCCGAAUUUCCCAAGCAGGAGGCUACAGAUUUAUCCAACCUGGAAAGGAUAUCUGUCUCGAGGUGA